UCAGUGGCAAUGUGAAUCCUUUGAACUUUUCAAACUAGAGACCAAUGAUGAGGGAUACUGUCACAACGUUGAGUUACAGCAACUUGGCUUUUACAUUAGCACUUACCAAAGAUUACAAGGCGGAAGCAGACUACAACGAAAAGGUAUCACUAAUCAUCAAAGGGGCGGAGCGGAAUCUUGGCAAGAUAUGGCAGGACUUUACAUCCAUCGACUUAUGUUGCAAUAAUUUCCAAGGAGGGAUCCCUGACUCAAUCGGUGAGCUCAACGCACUUUAUCUUCUCAACUUAUCCCACAAUAGUUUCACAGGAACAAUCCCUAAAUCAUUGAGUAACUUGACGGGGCUUGAAGCACUGGACCUCUCAGUGAACCUGCUAACCGGGAAGAUACCAAAGGAGAUUGCAGGGCUCACAUUCCUUCAGGUGAUGAAUGUAUCCCACAACAAGCUGGUCGGAGAGAUUCCAAUUGGCCCUCAAAUCCAAACAUUCCCUGGUGAUUGCUUUGAAGGAAACAUAGGAUUAUGUGGUCUCCCUCUCAACAUUAGCUGCAUAAAGCCUCUUGCUUCUCCGCCAAGUUUAAAAUCCGAUGGGACGACAGAGAUUGAGUGGGAUUAUGUGUUUGUUGCUGCUGGUUAUGUUGUUGGCUUCGGAAGCUUUCUAUGGGUGCUCGUAUUUGGCCGAAGCUUCAGAGAGAGACUCUUUGAGAAAAUUGAGGAUGUUUAUGAGAAGAUAGUCAGCCUCCGCAAAAAGAAGAAGAGAAGGGAUGUAGGAAGAAGAGUUGUGAGAAUUCAAGCCAGAAGACAAUAGUGGCAGUAAAACUAUGUAUUUUGAUUCUAUGUUUGCACUAUGGCUUUCCU